GAUGACCUGACCGAUAGGGUUCAGGUCUGUGCAGAACAGAACAUCUCCUUGGUGUAUGCCACCCUUGAUGCUGACUUGUGCAGUUGGCUUUGAGUCACCCCCUCAGAGUAGUUUUCAACAGUCCCCCCCAUCGAGUUCCCUAUGAAGGCUCUCGGCGUCAAGUUGACCAAGAGUGUAGUAGUUCCAAGUAUUGAAGUAUCCAUGAGCGUAACAUUGAGUCGUAGGCUUCAUUGGAGUCGAUCCAGGCAGUGCACAGAUUUUGUAUACAUACAUAAAGAGCCAAUAUGUCUGCUGGCAGCAGUUUGCGAUGUGAAGAUCAGUUCCUGUGCUCCAUCUGUCUGGAUGUGUUCACUGAUCCAGUCAGCACACCAUGUGGACACAACUACUGUAAAACCUGCAUCACGAAACAUUGGAGUGUCAAGGUUCCAUAUCAGUGUCCCAUGUGUAAAAAGGUGUUCAGUAAAAGACCCGAACUUGAAGUCAACACCUUCAUCAGGGAGAUGGUUUCUGAGUUCAGACGUGAAUCUCAACAGAAAUCCAGCGGGGACUCAGACAAACAUGCUGCUAAACCAGGAGAAGUUCCCUGUGACGUCUGCACUGGAACCAGACUGAAGGCCCUGAAGUCCUGCCUGGUGUGUCUGGCCUCCUACUGUAAGACACACCUGGAGCCUCAUUUGAAAGCUGCACGUCUGAAAAGACAUCAGCUGGUGGAGCCUGUGGAGAACCUAGAGGACAGGAUUUGUACGAAGCACGACAAACCUCUGGACCUGUUCUGUAAGACAGACCAGACAUGUGUCUGCUCUCUCUGCUCUGUUUUAGACCACAAGACUCAUGAGUUUGUUCCUCUGACAGAAGAAUUUGAGGUUAAAAAGGCAGAGCUGGGGAAGUCGGACGCUGAAAUUCAGCAGAUGAUCCAGAGCAGACGGCGGAAGAUUCAGGAGAUCAAAGGGUCGCCGAAGAUCAGUAAAGAUGCUGCAGACAAAGAGAAAGCAAGGGGUGUUAAGGUUUUCACUGAUCUGAAGGAGUCUGUUGAGAGAGGUUUGAAGGAGUUCAUUAAGGAGAUGGACGAAAAACAUAAAACUAUAGAGAAACAGGCUGAAGACUUCAUCAAAGAUCUCAAACAGGAAAUCUCUGAACUGAGGAAGAGGAGAUCUGAGGUGGAGCAGCUCUCGCGCUCUGAAGACCACCUUCCUCUCCUCCAAAGAUUCUCAUCCCUGAAAGAUGCUCCACCCACCAAGAACUGGACAGAGGUCAGAGUCCAUCCACCUUCAUAUGAGGGGACUGUGGUGAGAGCUGUGGACCAGCUGGAGAAGAAACUCAGAGAAAAAAUGAAGAACUUGCUCACUGAAGCUGAGCUGAGGAGAGUUCAGCAGUAUGAAGUUGAUGUGACUUUUGAUCCUGAUACAGCACAUCCUGAACUCGUCCUGUCUGAUGAUGGAAAACAAGUCUAUCAUGGUGAUGUGGAGAAGAAUCUUCCAGAUAAUCCAGAGAGAUUCUCUCUGUAUUCUAAUAUUUUAGGAAAACAGAGUUUCUCUUCAGGCAGAUUUUACUUUGAGGUUCAGGUGAAAGGAAAGAAUGAAUGGAUAGUAGGAGUUGUCAGAGAGUCGAUCUACAGAAAGGGAAAGGUCUAUCCAAGUCCCACGGAUGGCUACUGGAUUCUACUCCUGGGGAUUGGAAAUAACUACAUAGCUGGUGACGAUACUCCAGUUGAGCUGUCUCCCAGUCCUUAUCCUGAGAAGGUGGGGGUGUUUGUGGAUUAUGAGGAGGGCGUAGUCUCCUUUUAUGAUGUAGACGAGGCAGCACAUAUCUACUCCUUCACUGGUUCCUCAUUCAAUGAGAAACUCUACCCGUACUUCUGUCCCGGCCCUCGUCAUGAUGGUGAAAACAUUGCUCCUUUGAUCAUCUGUCCUGUCAAUCAAACUGUCUGAUCUUUGCUCAAAUGAGCAUUCCUGUUUUACAUUUUAAAUGACUAAAACCACCUCCAGUAAUGAGGGCAGAUGACACAGAAACCAUUCAAGCCUCUAGCCAAGUCUUUUUACUGUGGUGCCUUUUGGCCACUUUGCCCAGCUCAUCUGGGGGGAUCCCAAGGGGUUCCCAGGCCAUGCGAGAGACAUAGUCCCUCUAGGUUGGGUCUUCCCCAGGGUCUCCUCCCCAUGCGAUGUGCCCGGAAAACCUUACUAGGGAGGUGCUACCCACAGCUCGUGACCAUAAGUGAUGGUGGGAACCUAAACUGACAAAACAAACAAACUCUGGACCUUUGACCCCAACUCCUUUAAAAUCCUGUACCUUCUUUAUCUCUACUCCCUGUAGUCUCGCCAUUCCACUUGGGUUCCUCUCCUUCACGCACAUGUAUUCUAUCUUUGUGUGUUUAACCUUCAUUCUUCUUUUCUGGGGCAUAUGUCCACCUGCUCUCACUAUAGAUCACAUUAUCAUCUGCAAACAUCAUAGUCCAUGGAGAUUCCUGUGUAAUCUUAUCUGUCAGUUUGUCCAUCGCUUUAGCAAACAAGAAGGGGCUCAAAGGCCAUCUUUGAUGUAGUCCCACCUUGAACUCUCUGUCACACCUACGGCACACCUCCCCACUGCUUUACAGGUCCCAUACAAGAAGGUUGAAGUGCUUUACUUAAGGAAAAGAAAAAUGUGAGAUAAGAAAAACUGAUACCGUAUUUUCUGCACCACAAGGCGGUCGUAUUAUAUGGCGCAUCUUCAAAAAAAUGGCAUAUUUUAAAACUCUCUUCAUAUAUAAGGCACGCUGCAUUAUAAGGCGCACAGAAUAUAUGGUAAGAUACCGUACUAUAGUGGCUGGAGUUGAGUUACGCAUCUACCUGAUGGAGCUGCGCUACAGGAAAUGCAAAAGAUAACCAAGAAGAAAAGUGCCGUAGGUCAAACUUUAUUAACAAAAUAAAGACCAGCUUUCUGAAAACUUCGUUCACUCCCAAAACAAACGCAGAGGAGAACUUUUCCAGUUCAUUCCCAAUCCCCGAAUCUUCUUCUUCUGUGUUGGAAUGGAACGGCCGGGCCAGUGCAGCAUCCAAUGGUCCCUGCUUCGUCUCGUCACAGUUGCCAUUAUGCAAGUCAGCAUCGCUGCUGUUGUCUUGAACGUCUGUGACGAUUCCUGCCUUUGUGGAAUCAUCAUUAUCGCUGUUACUUUAGCAAUAUCAACUACAGUACCCAAAAUCCCUCUGACUACAGUCACAGAAAUGACUGUAAUGAUCCUAUAUAAGGUGCACCCCAUUAUAAAGCGCACUGCCGGUUUUUGAGAAAAUUAAAGGCUUUUAGGUGCGCCUUAUAGUGCGGAAAAUACAGUACUAUUAAAGGGGCGAAAAUCAUUACAUCUCACACUUUAUGACUUGGAUCUGCCCAGUCUUGGGUAAGACGUCAAGAACAGUGUGAUCGGACUGCACGGUGGUUCCCCCUUUUGUGUCGCAGCUACGACCUGAUGCAGCAUAUUGUCGGUUGCAUCAUUUUAUUGGCUGGAGUUGCGCUUGGUCGCAUUAAUGUCAUUUAAAGUUUUAACUGGCUCAUCAGUAAACGAGUUGUAAGAUUUCAGGCACAGGAAGAAAAUUAGACCAGGCAGUCUUUGGUCUCAAGACCAGUGUAAUGGUGGUCGUAGCAUCACUCGUAUUGUAAGAUGAGACACCUGAUUCAGUAUUGCGAUGACUGAUUUUUCCACGAUUCUUUCAAGACAGCCAGCUUUUGUCUAAGAUGGCCAAAAAUGGUGACUUUUCGGUUGAAGACUGAAGGACCGUUGCACGGCAUUUUAGUGCACUGAUACCCAGUCCAGUUCAAAGGCCGCAACACUUCACUUCGGUUAAAUUCUGGGAUAGAUUGAAUUUUUUCCAAAAUAGAAUGAAUUCUGGGGAAAAACAAAUAAAACGCGUUAUUUUUCUUGUGGAAAUUUACAUUAGUUGGUGGUGUUGGGUUCCCCCUCAUAAGUUUGAGUUUCACCACUCCUUCAGUGGUCGCUCAUUGCAUCUUCCUACUCGUGUAACCUCCCACUUAGUCUGUGUAGACUGAUUUACUUUACUACAUAAUGUCCGUUACUGGGGUCCAGGGUAGUUCUUACAGGGCCUGAAUUGUUGACGUGGGUCUCCGUUACUAGCUACAACCACUCAACGAAACACAUCCCUGGCUUAGGUAAGGUGCUAAUAGCGGCCCAGAAGAACAGCUGGCUGCGGAGAUGUGUUUACUUGGCGCAGACUGCUGUUGGCAGGAGAUGGAGAUGAUGAUCAGACAUCUUGAUGUCUCUUCUUAUUCUCCACCACUGUUGCAUCCAUGCAAACAGAGAAUCAGCUGCUAACAUUGAUAUCACCCUUCCUUUUUUUUUUUUUUUUUUGUUAUUCCUUUUUGCUGUAAUCUUUUAUGUAUUGGUAGUUUGCAAACUGUGAAACUGCACUACCACCACCGGUAUGGGGUGGUGGUUGUCAGGGGGUCUUACUAGCUCCGUCACUGCGGAUGCAGAUCUGACGAAUGGGAGGACCCAGAUUUGCAGGUAGAUGAUCUGAAGUUUGUGUAUAAUGUUUAGUUAGUUGUUGUUUAUGUGUAGUUUAGGCAUCUGAAUUUAUCCAAAGUGUUUUAUCUUUUAACACUUGUGUAAAUAAAUUCUGAUUCAUUUGAAUGAGAGAAGUUGUUUGUGUUUAUUUUAUACAUAUUUGUCACAGCUGCUGGUUACAAAGGUCUGUGCUCAGACUCCUUCCUUCACUGUUAUUCCUUAACGCCACCCCUGGUAACAGGCUGGCAC